GAGCAAGAGAAAGAAGAGGGCAAGAAAGGGAAAGAGCAAGCAGGGAGUACAGCAGUAUGUUUGGUGUGUGAGGAGGUAAACAUACCUGGAAGCGUGUGAGUGUUUUGCACAGUUGCAGGCCGUCUCUUCUCCAGUGACUCCAACAACAACUUGGGCUGAGGGACCAUGCCGCAGGGCUGGACUCUUCCCUGGCUGGCUGCUCUGCUGCUGGGGCUGCUGGGGCUCCCGGUGCGCGGCUCGGACUUCCAGCAUCACCGCUACGAGGACAUGGUGCGAGCCAUGUUCGCAGUGCAGAGCGAAUGCCCCUACAUCACGCGCAUCUACAGCAUCGGGCGCAGCGUAGAGGGGCGCCACCUCUACGUGCUGGAGUUCAGUGAUAACCCGGGUAUCCAUGAAGCAUUGGAGCCGGAGUUCAAGUACGUGGGCAACAUGCACGGCAAUGAAGUGCUCGGCCGUGAGCUGCUCAUUAAGCUCUCCCAGUUCCUCUGCGAGGAGUAUCGAGCCGGAAACCAGAGGAUCAUGAGGCUGAUCCAUGACACGCGCAUCCACAUCCUACCCUCCAUGAACCCAGAUGGCUACGAGGUGGCUGCCAGACAGGGUCCAGAGUUCAACGGCUACCUGGUGGGUCGAGGGAACUCCAGAGAAAUCGAUCUGAACCGGAACUUUCCAGACCUGAACGCGCUCAUGUACUACUACGAGAAGACCAACGGGCGAAACCACCACCUGCCCCUGCCGGACAACUGGGAGCAACAGGUUGAACCAGAGACGUUGGCAGUCAUAAAAUGGAUGCAAAACUACAAUUUUGUCCUGUCAGCCAACCUCCACGGAGGAGCUGUGGUCGCCAAUUACCCCUUUGACAAGUCGAGAGACCCUCGCAUUCGAGGGAGGACCACAUAUGCAGCCACUCCUGAUGACAAAAUCUUCAGAAAGUUGGCGAGGACUUACUCGUAUGCUCACAGCUGGAUGCACAAGGGUUGGAACUGUGGGGACUUCUUUGACGAGGGGAUAACAAACGGGGCCAGCUGGUACUCUCUGUCCAAAGGCAUGCAGGACUUCAACUACCUGUACAGCAACUGCUUCGAGAUCACCCUGGAGCUGAGCUGUGAUAAGUUUCCUCCAGCAUCAGCACUGCCCAGAGAAUGGCUGGGCAACCGCGAAGCAUUGGUUUCAUACCUGGAACAGGUGCAUCAUGGGAUAAAAGGCAUGGUGUAUGAUGAAAACAACAACCCGAUUGGCAACGCUGAGAUCUCAGUGGCUGGCAUCAACCACGAUGUGACCAGCGGACUGGAUGGCGACUAUUUCAGACUUCUGUUACCAGGUACCUACACUGUGACAGCAUCCGCCCCAGGUUACGUCCCCUCCACCAGCACUGUCACAGUGGGACCAGCUGAAGCCAUACAGCUCCAUUUUUACUUGAAAACGGCACCAAAACAAAACCUGAAAGUGAAGCCACACAACGGCAAGAGGAACCUCUCAUCUCCCAAAGCCCCCUUAAAACUCGGCCCGAGAUGAGACACGGACAAUAAUCCAGACAACACACAAACAUAUAUACAUACAUACUGAAAAUCCCACAUAAAACAUACACACAUGCACGUGCAUACACGUACAAAUUAUGGAAAUGAUAAUUGACCAUAAUAUAUGUAUGUAAUUUUACCUUUGUAGUCCUAUGAUUAUGCAUUUCAAACAUUUGUUUUCUUAUUUGUGUUUUUUGUUGAUAAAUAUAAACUGCGUGUCUGUAUUAAGAAUAUGUUGCUGGUGUAUUUAUGUAACAGUGUUGAUUUGUAUGAACACAGCUAUCCUGUAUUUGUAAAGGACUUUUUUUGAUUUUGAUUACUACUAUAAUUUGACAAAAAUUGAAAGUGAAAAUAAAAGAACGUUUUUUGCUGUCA